AGUCUGUUUAUUCCUAGUAUCAUCAUAUUAUUCUUGGCUCUUGAAGAUAUUGAAGCCAUUAAAUGAUGCAUCUUGGCAAGGAACUAGAUUGUAAAGUGAUUCAAAUGAGGAAAUUUUAAUGGUAGCAGGGAAAACCAUUUUGAGGUGGAAUGAGAUUUUAAAAUGGGGCAUGUAAAUUCAAGAGUCAGGAAAGAGAAAAAAUUGAAAGAUGUGAGGGAGGAUUACACUGAAUAUGUAAUCAGUGCACUGGAAUGUCACAACCCUGAGGUAUUAUAUCACAAAAAGAAGAUGAAUCGACUCUCCAUGCAAGAAUUAGAAAGUUACAGAAUCAAACAAGGACAGAAAGGAUUAAAUCGUAUGUCAGCCGACAUAGAAAGACUGGGUAGAAACUCGGCUAGGAACGAGGUCCAAUGGGAAAAAUCCAUGUCCUUGAAUAGAAAUCUCAACAACUAUCCAGGUUCUUUGGAUAGAGUUUCGGAAUCUUUCAGUUACGAAAAACUUGAUGUGGAUGAUCAUCCAGCAUUAACAAAAUUACAAAAUGAACAAAACCGUCGCCUUGAGAAAAUGGAGGAAAGAAUGAACCGAAUUCGAACUCAUGCAAUGCAAGAAGCAGAGAGAAGAAAGUUUGCCAUAAUGUUCAGAGCCAAGACCCAGUCAAGUACAUUGGAUGUGAACAAAAAUGAAAAGCUCUUGCCAAAUGAAAAUGAUACUAUUCUACAUUGUGAAAAAGACAUUGAAUUGAAGAAAUGUUGUAAUGAGAAAUUGGAAGAUGACAAUGGUGAUAUUAUUCCUGUCACAGUGAUGAAAGACUUGGAAGAAAAGGUUCCCAAUGAUACACCAAUGGACUCUGAGAAACACAAAAUUGUGGUGGCUAGGAAUUCAUUUUUGCCAAAUCUGCCAGCCCUGAAUAACAUGGAUCUGAGUGAUCCCAAAUCAUAUCUCAUGCUGCCUUUUCUCUUGCCGAUUUUUGUCAUUUUGGUGAUUGUGAAAAGACUCCAGGAGGUACAGAAUUCUCGUCGUCAGUCACCACAGAAAAAGUAAAACCAUGAUAUGGCAGACAGCAACAGAUAAAUGUCCAGUGUAGGAUUGACCACAACAAUGCAAUAUACAUGUGGCAACAGUUACAACUUUAUACAGACCCAAGGUUUUAGAUUUAACACAAGACCUUAUUGUUGGCCUCACAAGAAUACUUUAUUCUCUUGCUUUGUUGAGUUCGGAAGUUGUCACAAUUGUAUUUGGUGUAAAGUUUUUUUUUUAUUUAAAUAUUGACAAAUAUUAUAAAAUCAUCUUUCGAGCUAUGUGGGUCUGGCUGUAGUAAAUUGCUUUGAUAUUAUGAACUGUAAAUCUGUGAUGCUAAUAUUAUUUGAAAUGCAUAUGUAUAUGUGUAUAUAUACAUUACAGUAAGUAAAUCUACAAAACCAUAUAAUACAUGUCAUAAUACUCAAAAUGCUACUGUGGAUAUCUAUAUUAUGUUUUAAAUUUGUGGGCUUAUUUGUUAUUUUAUGUAUACUUGUAUUUUACCCCAUAAAUCAAGAUGUUGCAGAAUCCUGAACUUUAAUGAAUCACUUACUUACUUUCAAAUUUCCUUGACAAUGAUAUGUUGAUAAUUUAGUCAAUUUGGGUAUUUUAUGAUUUUUAGAAAUCAUGUUACAAUCACACCUCAAGAGAUUAUGAUUAAUUUUAUUUUUUAAGAAAGAUUGAGAUUGUAUAUUUUUCUUGAAAUAAAAUGCAGUGUUUUAAUGUUUUAUAAGAAAUCCUUUCUCCACUCAGGCAUUGAUAUUUUCUGUGUGUAUACUGUAUAUGUUAAUUGUAUUUAUCAAGGCAACCUCCAUUUAGCAUAUAAUACAUCGUAUUUCAUGUUUAUGGAUUGCUUAUAAGUAUGUAGAUGUGAAAUUGAAAAUCCUGUGCAAUAUUAUCCACCUAGUCAAAUUGUUCCAGUGUGGGCAGUUUAUUAACUAUAAAGAUUAUCCCAUGUUAAUCCUUUUCAGUUUAUUUUUGGUUUAAUUGAAAUUGCUUCAACAAUAAGUGAUUUUACACGCACAAUAUAUACCUGUAUAAAGAUACGGUUUUGAUUAAAAACAGCACUCUAUACCUGUACAAUGAUAUGGAAUAUUUUGUUUGGAGUGUGUGGUGUUUCAUUUUGUGCUUCACACAAUAUAAUAUAUAUAUAUGCAUUCAAUCACCUGAUGCAUUGACAAAGCAAGAGUUUGUGGGGAUGUAAAUUUGUGGGGAAGGGUCACCAACGAGCAUUGAUCUCCCAUGAACAAUGAUGAUUCCACAGUAGUCGAAUUUCGACAAAAUUUAUUCAUAUGGGAUUUUAGCGUGGUUGAUGUAAAGUCUUGGUCAUGUCGUAGAGUGUAAAAAUUGUACACUUAGAUGGACUUGCAUCACAGAAGGAAUAUGUGUAUAAUUUCACAUCUAGUCAAAAUACAACAGGUGCUUGCAUUUAUACUUUGUUGAUUUGCAAUAUUUUGCAUAAAUGGCAAACAAAUUCUGAUUAAACUUUUUCAUUGACUAUUCAACAUAUGAUUUUGAUGUUCUUGUAGGGGCUUGUGUUUUACACACAUAUGUAUUUAUGCAUUAUCAGUAUCUAUCCUGAUAUAUGCCACUGUGUAAACAUUUUGUCUAUUAGUGUUCAGUUUAUACAAAUCAAAAUAAUAUUAAUAAAUGAGGAGCAUUGUA